AAACUGGAAGAUAAGCCCCAUGUAUAUAUGUACCAUAUGUAUCUAAGACAGUAUAUGAUGACAGAACACACUACACAGGUGCUGUGUGGAGCUACUCCAGGUUAUCUGCAGUGCAGGCAAGCCUCUCAGACUACCGCCAGAGAGAGUAGAGAGAGAGAGGUUCCAUUGGCCCAUUGUUUCCUGGUUCUAUUAGGCAGACCUAGGCAGACCUAAGGACUGUUCUAUUCAUUGUAGGAGCAUUAUGACACGCCCCUUUAGGCAGACCGGAACCUGGUCGCGUUAGGUGCCCAUAGAAACCUAUUAUGUUGGCAUAUCUCUAUACUUAUAGAAUCUCUGUCUCAGACUACCGCUACGCUGUAAGGGGAUGGACGCAUGUAGCCUGACUCUCGCCUCGCCAGGACAGACCCUUAUGUGUUUUUACGCUCUGCUUCGUGAGCUCACACAAGGGUCUGGAGGACCUUCAGAUUCGCCCUGCUCCCAAAAGCAAAAUACUGUAGAGCCAAUCAGGAUCAAUGGUCAAUUUUUAGAUAGGCUAUGUGACGUAGUCAAAAUUUAAAUGUAGUGGUGAAGGGGAAAACAAGUGAAACGCGACAGUUGUUUCAGCAACAAUGGCCCCUCGCACGGACUCACUUAUUGACACUGAUUCUGUCAUUUUAACUGUAUUUUCGAAUCUGUGAGUAGAUCAACUUGCAGCUCAUUUAAAAAAAUGUCAGACAGGGUUAACCCCAGUCACAUACAAAGGGUUUUUUUUGUAAUAUAAAACCACAGAGACUGUAUGCCUAUGGCGUAGCUCCAGAUGAAUGUUCGUGGAGCAAGGCGGAACCCAUUCAUCUGGCGAGAGUCAGGUUAGGAGGAUGCGGCAGGAUAAGGACAGUACACAAAAGACACUUGAUGAACCACUGGUCAGUCGCACCUGGCGGCCGUGGAUAGAGUUUUAACCCUUUGAGGAGUACAAAUAUGUGAUUAGAAUUUUGCCCAAAUUUUGAGUUCUCAUUAUGAUGUCAUAAUGUCUUUGCGAAAUUUUUAACACAAAUGUCUAUGGGAGCUGUAGAGUGUUCCAGUAAAAUUCUAGAAGAACCUCUAGAAAUUCCUUACUCCUCAAAGGUUAAUAUUAGGGUCAGUGACAUUUUUGAGGCUCAGAUGUCAGGGAGUACAACCAUAGCUUAUGCCCAUAAAAUAAUUACCGUAGUAAAUGGUAAUUAAUGUACAGCAAUGAAUAUACUUCUUAGAUAAUCCACUAAAAACAAAACAAAAAGUCAUUUAAUCCAUACAAUAGUGGCAUUAGCUAUGGUUGCACCACACUGACGUUUGCUAAAUACCAAAACAUCAUUGAGUCAUUAGCAAGUUCUACACAGCAGGCUCCCCGGUCAUAUUCUACAGAAAUGAUUUAAAUUAAAAAAAGAAAUAUUCUAAGAAAGAUUAUGGAGAGCAGAGCGAGCUGUCAAUCAGCAUUAUUUUAUUUUUUUUUCCCAAAGAUGUAUCAAUCUAUAUGUGACAGAUGUAAAUGUCCAUGCUAUGCACUCAUCUGAUUUCCCCCCUGUCGGUUUGUUCAAAACCAGGUUAUCCUCAACAAUGGAAACAUCCAAUGGAGUGAAAACUAUAUAUUUCUUUAUGAACUGUUUGCAUAUUUAAAACGAUAUAUAUGGAGUUGACUUGUGAGUGUUCACUGAAAGAUGUUGAAACUAUCAGCUGCUUCAGAACCGCCUCGACUCGUGCAGUACCGCUGAUGGCCGCAAGGCGUCACCAUGUGUCUUACAAACAAUCAUUGCACUCGCUCACUCAAAACUCUUUCCCGGUAGAUGGAAAGACCCGAAAACCACACAAACGUUUGGUUUUGAUCCAAGGCUUUGAAAACUUGAUAAGACACUUCAUGAUAACUGAAAGCCUGAAGACACAAUUAGGUAUCAGUGAGCGCAGUCUGAAAUUAGGAUUUUUAUCUUAAUAAAAAAAAGCUUUAGACCUCCGUUGUGGGCUUCAUAAGCCAAGCUCAGCUCAAUUGGGACAGUUUUGGCCAAGUGAAACUUGAUGACGUUUUUGCGUUGUCUUGAAUUGGCAGCAAAGGCCGUACUGCCUGGACAGCAUCCCGUGUGCGCCAUGCGCCUUGUCCAUCUAAACACAUCUAGGCCGAUAGACGAACUGAAGACUGACAGCUUGAUUCUAAUUCGUUUCAGAUCCAAUUUGGUAGGCCUACUAUGUAUCAGUCUUAAGCUUAACCUAGGAUAGACGACACUCCUAAUCAUCACAGAGGCUGUCGUGUUUUUAACGUUUAACUGAUUAAUAUAUUGCCGUCUGCUCCCAGUCUUCCAAAAGGGCAGAUUUUAAAAUACACUCCUAAACUGCAUUGCUAUCUAUAGAUUCUCUAAUUUAGUGGCAUUUUAACCCAACAUGUUGAACAGCAGUUGACAAAAUCCCAAAUGCUUUCUAGGAUGCCGCACUCUCGGGCCACGAGCUUGCUUAAUAAUUAGCAACUGACUGUUGGGUUAAUAUAAAUUAUUAACAUUAGAAUAACUUGGAGGUCUCCACGGUGCUUCCCCCAUUAAAGGUUGUAUCAAUCCCGCCUUUCUAAUGAGACGAUGUAAUUUUUGUAUCAUGGUGUGCGUGUGUGUAAUAAACAAAUGUAAUGU